AUGAGACGGCAGCGGCGGCGGCAGUCCCAGGAGCAGCAGCAGCCGCAGCAGCCAAACGGGGUCAAAGCUGAGGUCAUAGACCUGAGCGUAGGCACCCACCCUGAUGGGAGCAGGGCGCAGCUGCAGCAGCAAAAUCAGGAGCAGCAGGAUCAGGAUCAGGGGCAGGAGCAGCAGGAGCAGGAGCAGGAGCAGGAGCAGGAGCAGGAGCAGGAGCAGGAGCAGGAGCAGGAGCAGGAGCAGGAGCAGGAGCAGCAGGAGCAGCAGCAGGAGCAGAUGCUGCAGCAGAAGCAAGCGCCAGAGCAUCGGCAUGAGCAACCGGAGGAAGAAAAGCUGACUGCACAGCAGCACCAGCAGCAGCAGCAGCAGCAGACGCAGCAGACGCAGCAGACGCAGACGCAGCAGCAGCAGUUGCAGCACCAGCAGCAGCACCAGCACCAGCUGCCGCUGCAGCAGCACAGUGAUGGGCAAAUGCUCACACAACGACAGCAGCAGGAGCAGCAGCAGCAGGAGCAGAACCAGCAGGAGCAGCAGCAGCAGGAGCAAAACCAGCAGGACCAGCAGGACCAGCAGCAGCAGCAGCAGCAGCAGCAGCAGCAGCAGCAGCAGCAGCAGCAGCAGGAGGAGGACCAGCAGCACCCGCCGCGGCGAGCGGCCGACGAGCAGCUGCUGCGGCGACAGCACUUAGUUGAGGCGGACAUGCGGCUGGAGCAGGAGCAGCAGCAGGGCCACGAACAAGGGGAGCGCGACCAAUCACAUGAUCAGGAGGAUUUGCUAGGGCAGGAGCAGGGGCCGGCGCACGAACGGGGGGCGACGCAGCACAGGCGGUCGCGGCAGCAAAGCAGCGACGCGGACGGCGUGGGCGCCGGGGCCGAUGGCGGAGACGGCGACGGCGGCGAUGCCGAAGGCGGGCACGACCGAGGUGACGCCGAGCAGGGGCGGGACGCCGCGGGCCGCAAGCCGCAAACGCCGCCCGCCCGCAGCAGCGGCGCCGCUGCAGCCAAGCAGCAAGCGAAGAAAGGCAAGCGGCGGGGCGGCGGCGCCGCCGCCGCGGCCGGCGCGGCGGCGGGCGGCGGCGGCAGGAAGGGUGUGCCGCUGUCAGAGUCUCAGCUGGAGGAUCAGGUGGCGGAGGCGGUGGGGCUGCAGCCGUAUGGGUUUGGGGACGAGGAGGUGGAGCUAGGGAUGCGUGACCUGGGGCUGGACGAGGAGACCUACGCAGGGGUGCGCAACCACAUCCUGGCGAGGUGGCGCUAUGAUGUCACCAAGUACCUGAGCGAGGAGGCAGCUUCCGCCCGGGUGCACCCAAAGUUCAGGCACCUGGUGGCCCCGGCCUGGGGCUUCCUGGACAGCCGUGGCUACAUCAAUUUCGGCGUGGCCCCGGCCAUCACGGACAGGGGCGUCAAGGAUCGCAAGCAGUCUGUUGUCGUCAUCGGCGCCGGGCUGGCGGGCAUGUCGGCGGCGCGGCAGCUGCGCAACUGGGGGUACCGCGUGCUGGUACUCGAGGGCCACGACCGCCUGGGGGGCAGGGUGCACGGCCACAGGCUCGAGCGAGCCAGCAAGAUCCGGCGGCCUCGGCUGCGGCAGGAUGGGAUUGGGGUUCAGGCAUCUCAACCCUAA